CGUUGGGCUGCAGCCGUUUGGGGAGGGAGGCUAAUCGACCGCUAGCGUCGCCUAAAAAAACAGGCCUGGAAACCGCUACUGCGAAUGACAUCAGCGCCUGCACGACCUGCUUCCAACGACAAUUGGGCAGAGUGCAGCGGAUAAAAAAGCUGGUGAAACACCAAGUCUGGGUAUUCAGUAGUAUCUGGCAGCUGCCAUGUCGUUAAGCGACCACCCAAGGGCCUACGGAACGGCGGCUGUCGCUGCUGCCUUUGGUGCUGGCGUCCUGUUGACACUGGGAUUCAAAGAUUUCUAUCCCGAUCUCCAAACCCGAUUCCGACAGACCAGACGACGACGAACGGGCUCCAAGCAGCAUGAAAGAAAGGGAAGCUUCUUCUGGAGCGCCCCGAUACAGCUCCAAGACCACGAAGACCACCCGACAGCAGCACACGACGGAGUAGCUGGCGACGGCAUCGCAGGCUGCAUCGGCAACACGCCGCUCAUCAACAUCCAAUCGUUGUCCGAAGCAACCGGCCGGACGAUUCUUGCAAAGGCAGAGUUCCUCAAUGGCGCGGGAAACAGUCCCAAAGACCGCGUCGCUCUAAACAUCAUCCGUGAGGCCGAGAAGGAGGGCCUCUUGACCCCAAACCAGGGCGAUACGAUUUACGAAGGCACAGUCGGCAGCACGGGUAUCUCCCUUGCAACUCUGGCCAGAUCAAUGGGAUACAGAGCUCACAUAUGUAUGCCUGACGACCAGAGCUUGGAAAAGUCGGACUUGCUGCUGCACUUGGGCGCCACCGUCGAACGAGUCACCGUGGCCCCCAUCACCAGCCCCGACCACUUUGUCAAUCUUGCGCGCCGACGAGCUGAGGAGCACGCAGCCAAGCAUAACGACGGAAGCAAGGGCUUCUUUGCAGACCAAUUCGAGUCGCCUGCUAACUGGCAUGCGCACUUCCAAACUACGGGUCCUGAGAUCUGGAAGCAGACUGACGGCAAGCUGGACGCCUUUGUUGCAGGCGCAGGCACCGGCGGCACAAUCUCCGGAGUUGCUCGAUAUAUCAAACUUGAGAUGAAGGCAGAUUUGACGCAGAUUGUUCUUGCUGAUCCGCAGGGCAGCGGUCUCUACAACAAGGUGAAGCACGGCGUCAUGUACUCGUCAACAGAGAAGGAGGGCACACGGCGCCGGCAACAGGUCGACUCGAUCGUGGAGGGUGUCGGUGUGAACCGCGUGACGGAGAAUUUCGAAGCAGGUAGAGAUUUAGUUCAUGAUGCCGUCAAGGUCACGGAUGAACAGGCUUGCCGGAUGGCACGCUGGCUUGUUGAAAAGGAUGGGAUCUUCGUUGGCAGCAGCAGCGCAGUCAACUGCACAGCGGCGGUGGCAACGGCCAUGACACUCCCCCCCGGAAGUGUUGUGGUUACAAUGCUUUGUGACUCUGGAACGAGACAUGUGAGCAAGUUCUGGAAGAUAAUUAAAGAGAUGACCGAGCAGGACGGGGAGGCAGUCGAUUUGUUCGCGGAGUUAGGGAUACCCAAACCAGUGUAACGGCUUUAGUUACUGGAAAUUAAAAACUUUAAUAGAUCGAAAAAGAUAUAAACAAAGAAGCAUCAU